UCUCUCUCUCUCCUCGGCUCUAUUUUCUAGAGAGAGAAAGCUAGCCAUGGCCGACUGUAAGCGCAUGGCGGUGGUGGACUCCUCUGCCGUCGCCGACAACGACCACGACUCUCCGUCGAAGAGGAGGAGAAUCCUCACAGCUGCUGCUACUCCAGAGGACACAAUGCUUCAUCAACGACGACGUCAUAAUCAGCUCGGCAAGCUUGUUCGGUCCACGAGUUCCUGCUCCGACGAGCACUCCUCUUGCUGCUCCAGCAAUGAGCUCAACGACGUCGUUUUCGUCACCUCGCCGCUUCUGGAUCUGGAGGCGAAGAGUUGUGAAACCGUCAGCACCGCUCCGGCCAGUCAUAAAUUCAGCAGAGAAACGACGCCGUCGAGCGAGCUGUGCCUGGAGAAUUCGGACGAGGAGUCGCCGGCGGUGAGCAAAGCGCCUCCAAGUGACGAGAUCGAAGACUUCUUCGCCACGGCCGAGAAGUACGAGCAAAAGCGCUUCGCAGAAAAGUACAACUUUGACGUCGUGAAGGAGGCGCCGCUGGAGGGCAGGUACCUCUGGGUUCGUUUGAAGCCAUGACUCUUGCAAAUGUGGGAAGAGAGAGAGAUAAUAAACUGACACUAGAUAGGACAGAGAGUUUCGUGCAGCUGAAAAAAUCUGAUGGGUUUGUUUUUGGAAGGACUACUACUAGUACCACUACCGCAUAUAGUGGCUAGCUAGAGCUCUCUGUUCAUUUUGUACAGCUUUCUUCUUUCUAUUGGAAGCUUCUAAUUCUCCCCUCCUCAGCAAAUUUCCUCAUGUAUUUUGCUACAAUACAAUUUCCACAUUUGUAUUUUGGUGCCUCUGGGCCUUUCA